AUGUGGUCAACGAUUACUAUUGUAACUAUUUUUGUGGUCGCCGUGGAUUCCGGAAGUGUUGGAUUGUGCCGUACCGAAUGCAUCGAACAAAACGCUCGAAAAAUUGUGAGAGUCCACUUGAAAGAUGACCUGGUGAUGGCUGGAUUGUGUAAUAAUAAGACUGAUACAACUGAAGGAUCCAUUGUGACACCAUACGUGUGUCAUAAGAAUGUCGGCUUAUGGACACUGGAUGAGUUGGACGAAGAAGGUGUCGUCUCCUUCGACAAACUAUGCCCCACCCCUGAACAGUAUCCAUACGAACUCCGUUCCACUUGCCCUCGAAUCAACGAGAAUCGUGACGAGACCCCGAUGGCAUUGGACGUGGAUGAGUACCCAGCGUCAUCUGGAGACACUCCACUCUUGUUGGCUUAG